CUCAGUUUCCCUGUCAGGCACAUGGGAUAGAACGAGUGUCCAGGGAGCAACUCAGUGCAAGAUCAGCCACAAUCACCCAAAGUGCCUUUUCGCACGAAUGGGUCAUCUUUGGCCCCAUUCAUGUCGGAACUUGCACGGUGAUAUUAGGGAUUCCCGAGAAGAACGGCACGAGGACAACUGCAUGCAUUAUUUGAUUUGACACGUCAAUGAAGAAUGAGCUCAGUCUCCAGUCCGGCUGUUGACCAUUCUGUCGACCACCCUGCCGAUCAGCCACCUAUCUCACAACCCUCCAAUACUCCGACCCCCUCCGCUCCGGCUGCGGCCUCGGAAAGCACCACGACCUCCGACAAUACUACCACACAGAAAGAGAAUGUCAGACCGGGUGGAGGACAAUCUGCGCCAGAGCAGGCCGCAGGUUCGGGUCGGGUUAUAGAGUCUAAAGUGGAGGAGUUUGACGACUUUGGUUUGCCGAUCCGCGUGCGUCCUAAGAGGGAGUCGUCCGAGAGUGAGGAAGUAUUUCACGAAGUGGAUGAAUCACACGGGAAUGCGGAUGAUAGUGGCAAUGUGAGCAACCGAGAAGGUCCAGCAACUGCUCCGGAGGGUUCGAGCACGAAUCACAAGGUGGAGGAAGAGCCUCAGGGAGCGGCAAACGAAGUAAAUAAGGACCCGUCAUUGCUGUCUGCGACAUCUGUGCCCGAGGAUCAUGGUCACUCUCCCGAGCAAGUCCCAGAGACUUCCACGGCUAGCGAAAAGCGUGCUCUUUCCGAUCACCCGUCCCAUCCUUCACAAGAGGAACCCCCACCGCCGUACACGGAAAGUCCUGCUCAGGAGAAUCAUGAUAACAGUGCCAAUCGGUCCUCUAUGCAGAAGAAGCGUGCAUCUGUGAAGCCUUCCGAAUGGUCUCAUCAGCGACUCUAUGUGGCCGGGCAGUCGGAUGACGAUGGCGAGGAAGAAGAGGACGAUGGGGGUUGGAAAGAAAUGCCCGCUUUGGGGGAAUUCGAUUACUAUGAUGACUAUGGCCGGCUGGUUGCCCGUGGUGCGAAGCAGGAGGAUAAUGAAGCUGUGUACAGUGGUCUAGGUGGUGCAGGAAAGGGUUACACUCGCGUACAGUUCGACGAAGAUGCCCAAUCAGCAACCAGCUUGGAUGAAGAUACAAGCUAUCUUUUCAAGGAUUCCGCCGACACUGCCGCCGGUGUAGAAGAGGAGCUGCGCGACCGCGUGAGCCAAAUGCAGGCGACAAAGGAUCUUCUGACUGAGAGCCAGAGAAUCGCUUAUGUUGGGGUGACCAGGCUGACUAUUCAUCAAAUGACUUUGGACAUGAACAAGCUCCCCGCCAUCAAGGGCACACGCAAAGCAAGGCAGGCUGGUAUCGAUGCUAUGCGGAAGUGGGGUCAAGCAAUGAUGGCCAGGCUCUACUCUCACAUGGAAAUCGACACCGCGGAGCAGGUGAUGAUAGAGCAAUUGGCCGAACAUGGCGUGCAGCCGGCAGACCUUGUCCGACCGCUAAUGAGUAACGCUCGUGUUGCGAAUCCAUUGGCGGAUGAGUCCGAAACACCAAAGAAGUCGAUGUCCUCGCCUUCAUCCCCUAGACUCAGGGAGGACUACCGGAGUAGCAUAUCUACCGAAAUGGACAGGUCCUCCCGAUCAACUUCACCUCCACCAUAUGAAACCCACGAAGGGGAAGACUUGCCAGAGGUCCGGACCCCAUCGCAGCUGCCCACUUCCGCGAAGAUCGACAUUGAUCUCCGAUGGACGGUGCUCUGCGAUUUGUUCCUCGUCCUCAUUGCAGACUCGGCCUAUGAUGCGCGGUCACGGACAUUGCUUGAAAGGGUUGGUGCUUCGAUGGAGGUGUCAUGGCUGCAAAUUGCCCGCUUCGAAAAGCGGGUCAUCGAUGCUCUCGAAAUGCAGGAGGCUGCGGAAAAGGAGACAUGGGACGAGUCGGAGCAUAUGGAGAAGCGGCGGAAGAUGGCCCUCAAGCGCAAGUAUAUGGUUAUGGGCUUAGCCACUGUCGGUGGUGGCCUGGUGAUAGGCCUUUCGGCUGGCUUGUUGGCCCCGGUCAUCGGCGCUGGUAUAGCAGCUGGAUUCACCACCGUCGGGAUCACGGGGACGAGCGCGUUUUUGGGCGGUGCUGGAGGUACAGCGUUGAUUGCCUCCGGCGCUACCUUGACUGGAAGUACCAUUGGUCUGAGGGCUUCUCAAAGACGGACUGGCCCUGUUCAGACAUUCGAAUACCGCCCCUUGCAUAAUAACAAGAGAGUCAACCUGAUUAUCACCGUCGCUGGUUGGAUGACAGGAAAGGUUGAUGACGUCCGAUUGCCUUUCAGUACAGUUGAUCCCAUCAUGGGUGACUUGUACUCAGUCUUGUGGGAGCCUGAGAUGCUCCGAAGUAUGGGUGACACUAUUAACAUUCUCGCUACGGAGGCUUUGACUCAGGGGUUGCAACAGGUCCUUGGCCAGACAGUUCUAGUUGCCCUAAUGGCUUCACUGCAACUCCCACUCGUCCUGACAAAGCUGUCCUAUCUAAUCGACAAUCCUUGGAACGUAUCGCUUACACGCGCAAAUGCGGCCGGACUGAUUCUGGCUGACUCGCUGCGAGACCACAAUCUGGGAAAGAGGCCAGUGACUCUUCUCGGAUAUUCACUUGGCUCGCGAGUCAUCUUCUCUUGUUUGAAGGAGCUUGCAGACAAGGGCGCUCAUGGGCUGGUUCAGAACGUGUAUCUUUUCGGGUCUCCGAUUGUGGCCAACCGAGAUGAGUACCUCAAAGCCCGCAGCGUGGUGUCUGGGCGGUUUGUCAAUGGAUUCGCCUCCAACGACUGGAUCUUAGGGUAUCUUUUCCGCGCCACGAGUGGUGGUAUCAUGCGGGUGGCUGGUCUUGCACCAGUAGAGGGGGUUCCCGGCUUGGAGAACUUCGAUGUCACCAAGAUUGUGAAUGGCCAUAUGGACUAUCGUGCAGCAAUUCCUCGGCUGUUGAAGGAAGUCGGCUGGGAAGUUCUGAGCGAAGAGUUCGCCGAGAUUGAGGAUCCUGAUCCCGAGAACCACGCUGAGCGGCAAAGGGAGCUGAUCCGUGAGAUUGACGAGGCGCGACGAGAGGCUGAGCAAAAGCCGGAAAAGAAGCGGUUUGGUUUGUUCAAGCGCGGAAAGUUGGCGCAGAAGAAAGGCUGGGAAACGUACGACGUUGAACGCAACAAUGCGAUACGCCGGGGCUCCAGCGACACCAACGGCUCCGGAACGGUGCUCUUUGAUAUCGACGCUAUUCGAGCCGAGCUAGCCUCGGAAAGUAUCGAAGUCAAGCAGCUUGAAUCCACACUUCCCCCGAUGAAAUUAGACUUGAGUUCACCAGCAAGCCCGGCUCCAUCUGCUCCUGCUCCCACCGGCAAAGAGCUGAAGAGCCCUGAAACUCCAGCGCCUCCGGCUCGUGCGUCUCCUGGGACACUCCGCGAAUACAGUCCUACUCGUGACGCACACACGCCUGCACAUCAAGAGGAAGCAGUAGAGAUGACCUUCGAUACGUCCUUCCACGAUACCCCUCCCCGUUCUCAGUCGUCCUUCGAGCCCGCCGCCUCUCACGAUGUACACCCCACAAGGCCUGAGCUUCGGUCUUCCCUUACGAUGCCGGCCCUUGGGGCCAGCACUUUAGGCGCUAUGGCUCUGGAGCCAAAUGCUUGGGCCGAGCACGACUUUGGCCAUGCCGAAGAAGAGAUUCAGAUGACAUUUGAGUGACGAUGAACGAGACGAUGGGGAACGAGCUUCUGUUUGUUUAUAAGCUGUUUGUUGAUAGACCGAGCCGGGUCUGUGCCGGGGGUUACUUUUCUUAAUAUGGGUUGCUAUAAUUUCUUUUCCGUUGUCAUUCUACUUGCUUGUGUCCGUGCAUGACGCCGCGGGAGGACGAUUGCA